CAGUUUAUGUGAACUAUCUUCUUCUUUUAUCCAAAAAAAAUCCUCCAACAAUGGCAACUAUAGCUGCUACUAGUCUUAACAUUGGAAUCCAACUAGCAGUCAUCACCAGCGAGGCUCGACCAGUUAGUCUCGCAGGUCCAGUCCGUUUGAACAAUCCUUGGAAUCUUGGUUCAAGAACAACGAACCGGAUGGCGGCAGUUAGGCCGGUUAAAGCGACGCCAGAAGGAGUGAUAUCGGAUAAAGUGGAGAAGAGCAUCAAGGACGCAGAGGAGACUUGUGCGGGAGAUCCAGUGAGUGGAGAGUGUGUAGCUGCGUGGGACGAGGUCGAGGAGCUAAGCGCAGCAGCUAGCCACGCUAGAGACAAGAAGAAAGACUCCGACCCUUUGGAGGAAUACUGCAAAGACAAUCCCGAGACUAACGAGUGUCGUACUUACGAUUGAAAAACUGAUCCGUCAUGUUCCAGAAUCCCGUCCUUAUAUUUCAUACAAAUCUUUUGUUCCGGUCAAUUUGGUGAUAUGAUAUGAAUGCUGUCUUUGAGACUCAAGCAGGUUAUAUACUUUGUAAUUUGGCAAGAUUUA